AUGCGCGCUGUCUGCUUUACCACUCUUGCGUCUUUCUUCGCCGUCGGUGUCAACGCCCACUUCCAGUUGCAAUAUCCUGAACCUCGUGGGCCGUUCGUUGAGGACGAUGAGCCCACAUUCUGCGACAACUACGUGAACGCAGUCGACAACCGUACUGCCUUCCCUCUUUCGGGAGGCUACAUCAAGAUUAAUAGUGAACAUACGUCUUGGACAUUCGGUGUCGAGAUUAGUACGAAACAGAACCCGACAUCGUUCGCGAACUUUACUGCGAACAACACGGACAACGGCCAGGAGCAGCUCGUGCGCCAAUUCUCGCAGGGCUCCGGCGAAGGAAGCUUCUGUAUCCCGCUCGAUCUCAACUCGACCGGUAUCUCGGGAGUACAGGACGGCGCAAAUGUCACGCUUCAGUUCAUCUUCGACGGCGGCGACGGCGAACUGUUUCAAUGUGCGGACCUCACACUCGCUGCGAACGCGAGCUUGCCCGGCGGAUGCUCUAAUAGCACCGGCUCUGGAAGCGACGACGACAACUCAACGAGCUCUAGUAGCAGCUCGGGUAGUGGGGCGGUCGCCAUUGCUGCACCACUUGCCCUACCAGCCGCAUUAGCUCUCGGCGGUAUCGGUCUUAUCGCUGCAUUGUUCUAA